AUGGAUUUGCAGAGAUGCUUGGUUUUCCUAUACCUUUCUUGUAUCACCCUGUCAGGGAUCGCACAGCCCGAUCUCACAUACUUCUCCUGCGACCAAACUAGAAAUUACACACAAAACAGCACCUUCCAGAACAACCUUAACACGCUUCUUUCGUCCCUGUCGUCGUCUAAUCAUGAAUAUGGAUUCUACAAUGGAUCCGUGGGCCAAAACCCCGACAGGGCGAGUGUUGUAGCGCUGUGCAGAGGUGAUGUUGAGCUGGAGAUAUGUCGUAGUUGCGUUAAUGAUGCGGCUAGGAAGUUGGUACGCUCGUGUCCUAAUCAGAAGGAUGCAUUCGGGUUUUACGAGGAGUGCAUGAUACGAUACUCGAAUGAAUCUAUCAUAGGUUCCAUUUCAAGGAAUCACCAGGUGUACAUGUGGAAUGGGGCGAAUACCACCAGCCCCGACCAGUUUAACCAAGAUUUAAGAAGGUUGUUGGAUGGUCUGCGAAACCAAGCUGCAAAUAAUGGCGGCUCCUUCCUUAAGUUUGCAGCAGAUAACACGACCGGACCGGAUUUCCAGACCAUAUAUGCACUUGUGCAGUGUACUCCUGAUUUAACUGCUCAACACUGCACAGAUUGCUUAACUUCUGCUUUCGGGGAUAUGCCGAAUUGUCCAUGUAAAGGCAAGAGAGGGGGAAGAAUAGUCUUUCCUAGCUGCAAUUUUCGAUAUGAAAGUUACCGUUUCUUCAAUUAUACUUUCAUUCCAGCUCCUCCGCUGCCACAACCAGGAGGAAAAGAUGACAAUACAAUUCGGACUGUCAUCAUCGUUGUAAUUCCAGUAAUAGCAGUUGUCAUGUUUACCAUCUGCGUCUGCAUUGUCUUAAGAAAAAGGCAGAAAAGGAGGUCAGAGAAUGAUAUAGAGGUUGUGGAUGAAGUUAGUGACAUGGAUGAAAUUAGUACUGUGGAGUCCCUUCAAUAUGACUUUGCUACAAUAAGAACGGCUACAAAUAACUUCUCGGAUUCUAACAAACUUGGACAAGGUGGUUUUGGUGUUGUUUACCAGGGUAAACUUCCAAAUGGACAAGAAGUUGCAGUGAAGCGACUUUCUAGAGAUUCGGUGCAAGGUGAUUUAGAAUUAAAAAAUGAAGUGAUUUUGGUUGCCAAGCUUCAACAUAGAAAUUUGGUCAGGUUGCUUGGUUUCUGCCUGGAAAGGAGAGAAAGGCUUCUGGUUUAUGAAUUUGUUCCCAAUGCUAGCCUUGACAACUUCUUAUUUGAUCCAGUCAAAAGAGCGUAUUUGAAUUGGGAAACUCGCUAUAAAAUCAUAGUAGGAAUUUCCAGGGGACUUCUAUAUCUCCAUGAAGAUUCUCGCCUUCGUAUAAUUCAUCGUGAUCUCAAAGCUAGCAAUGUUUUACUAGAUGCAGCUAUGAACCCGAAAAUAUCUGACUUUGGCAUGGCAAGGUUGUUUGCAUUAGAUGAAACUGAAGGCAAUACAAGCAGAAUUGUGGGUACUUAUGGAUAUAUGGCACCAGAGUAUGCAAUGCACGGCCAAUUCUCAGUUAAAUCAGAUGUUUUUAGCUUCGGAGUUCUGGUCCUGGAAAUUUUAAGUGGACAGAAGAACAUAUGUUUUCGAAAUGGGGAAUCUGUACAAGACCUUCUGAGCUAUGCUUGGACUCAACGGCGCGAAGGGACAGCUUCAAAUCUGAUAGAUCCCAUGCUGACAGCUAAAUCAGGUCCAGUGCAUGAAAUGAUGAGAUGCAUACACAUCGGCUUGCUUUGUGUUCAAGAAAAUGUUGCAGAUAGACCUACAAUGGCCGCAGUUGCUGUCAUGCUAAGUAGCUCUUCUAUGAGUCUUCCAGUACCCUCGAGCCCAGCAUUUUUCAUGCAUAGUGAUAUCAGUCCCGAGGUUUCGCUGCUUCAAGAACACAGCUCAAGAAUGUCGGAAUCGCAAGAUGAGCCAUCAUUUUCUGACUUUUAUCCCAGAUGAAACCAUGAAUUUCCUUAUCUGGUUUCUACUUUUUCUGCUCUGUCUGGUUAUUAUAUCCUCCCUGAUCUUAAUCAUUUUAAAGGGGUUUUGUUAGCACUGGAAUUCAUUGAUGACAGCAUUCAUUUGUACAAAACUAGCUCUG